GCGUCUAAGCGCGUCACGGUACGACGCGUUCAGACGCGUCUUGGAGACUUCUUUUGGUAAAGCGCGUUAAGACGCGUUUUUUUUAAUAAAAAGUGCUAGACGCGUCUAAACGCAUCUCGGUACGCGUCUAAACGUAUCUCGGUACGACGCGUUCAGACGCGUCUGACCAUUUUUUUCUGAAAAAAACGCGUGUAGACGCGUCUUUUCAGACGCAACGAUUUUACAUGGGUAGUGGUCUAGUUUUCGUUGUGCUAUCGGUCCGAAGUAGCGCUAGUGCAAGGCGACAGUGUUUCACACUGAUAGUCAUUCCCUCCAUAUACACACCAGGUAGCGUUCGUCUGCGCUCCCCAAUCAAAAAAGAAUAUCAAGAGGAGGACUAUGAUGGAGCACUCUUUUUGGAAAAAAAGAAAGAAGUAAUCUCGAUAACCCUUUUUUGAGAAUUACUCCAGAGUACUCGAAGUGCAUGUUCUCAAAAGAAGUACUCCAAAAACUACAGUUUUUUUUUGAAGUGUUCUGCAGUGCCUCGGCUGCACUUUAUAAAAAGGAGUGCUCCGAAGCACUCGUUUUGUGAGGAGUAUUCUGGACUACUAAAAAGAGUACUCUAGAGUGCUCUUAGUGGCCUAUUUCAAAAGGAGUGCUCCGAAAACGGGGUACACCUUCAUAUUCCUACUUCUGACGUUUUUUUUGACUGGGUCGCGCGGUCCUUUGGCUUUAGGAACUUAUAUCUGCGAAUGACCUUCGAUAGCUUUAAAUCAAAGACGACGUUCACACUCCACUUCGGUCGGUAUUCGCUAGGGGACAAAAUACAUCCGUCCCACUCAUUAGUCACUAUAUGUAUGUACAUCAGUCACACUCAUUAGUCACAUUCUGGAUGUACGUCCUCCACCAUGUGUACUUACGUUUGUCGCACCUGUGUAUGGACAUACACAUACAAACAAUUUAUUUCGUAUGACCAUAGACUUACAGUCAAUGGAAUAAAAUAACAAAAUGUCUUUACUUAUAUAUGUUUAGCAUGGGUACCAGAAAACAAUUUUUGUUUUGUUAUUUAAGCCAUAUCAGCUAACUCUAGUGAAUACACUUGAGUCCAAGUGCUUUUCUAAAUAUGAAUAGCAGGUAUUAUUUGUUGGAAAAAACACACCCAUACCCAAACUAGUUUGGUUUUCAAUUAUCAUGUACAUUUGGAAAUCAAAGCAAAACAACACAUAAUCGCCAUUCUUAGAUGGCAGAACAUUUAGGUAUUGAUUAAUAUAAUAUAGGUUACAGUUGACAAUAUCAGCUUCUUUUUCAAUCGUACUAUGCAGAAUGAUCAUUGUAUAUGAGUAAAAACUUGAGCAUAAUUGAGUUUCUCAGUGGAUGCCCGUUGAUGUCUAUGUGAGUGUCUGCAUUUUUCUCUAAUACGCGGAUAAUCUUGGUCUACAUCCCAUAAUGCAGAAAUGUCAGUAUAUUUUACAUCCAUUUAACUUUGAGUAACAUUGCUGUAUUGUGUACUCAUUUCCUCACAUGUCACUUUAAGGUUUUUAUUUAGUAGGGUCACAGUGGUAGAAUGGUAUUAUCUGGAAAAUUCGUCUUUUCCAGUUUCCUCAACCCGGACAACAAAACAAGCAUUGCCACAGUUAUCAGCGUGUCCGAUAGCCCAUGUACCAUGUGAUUUUGAGGUUCUCAGACGUCAGAUUUGGACGAUAGCUCAAGUGAUUGUUCGUACUGUACCUACCUCUCUUCGUAAUAUCUCGUGUGAUACGACAGCGACGUGCGGAUGUCAAGUUACAAAUCCAACGUUUAAUACAUUCACCGGUACAAUCUCAUCUCGAAGAAAACGUGUUAUUGGUGGCUCAUCAGUAACUGACAGCGAUGAUUGGCCAUGGCUAAUUCUUAUUGGUACAAAUACAGAUUAUGCAUGCACUGGUGUCCUAGUUGAUACAGCGGCUGUAUUAACAACAAGAAGUUGUAUGGAAAAUAAUUUUUUGCUCCCAUUUUCAUCAGAUCUCUAUGUUGACUAUGGCGAGACGAACACUGACUCGUAUCAAUCGACCAUUAAAGUAAAAACUGUACAUACUUAUCCAAAUUAUAAACAACUUUCUAACGGUGUCUAUGUCAACGAUAUUGCUUUGUUAAUUUUGAAAUCGGAUGUUCCCAGCAUCUAUCCACCCAUAUGCAACAAUAACCAAUCGUCUAUUGCGCGUUAUGCUGUUGUCGCUGGAUAUGGUAGCUCAGAUGACGCUACCAAUGAUGGGCAAUUGAGACAAGCCAUCGUUCCAACAGUUUCAUCAACAUCAUCAUUCUGCAGCCAGCUAGUCAAUUCUUCGUAUCGAAAUCAGGUUUUGUGCGCCGGUUACUCGAAUGGACUUCAAGAUGCAUGUGAUGGAGAUUCAGGAGCCCCAUUAAUGCAAUAUAAUCCAGACACAGACGUUUGGAAUCUAAUUGGUCUUGUAUCAACACCAAAUUGUGGUUUAGGUGGACUACCAUCGGCGUACACGAGAACAUACAACUAUAUUGGCUGGGACACGAACAUCAUAGGUAAAGGAUUUUUUCUUUAA